AUGGGCUUUCUGGAAAUGGGGGGGGGCUCCCUCCGGGGGGGGCCCCCCUCUGGCAAGCCUGCAGAGUCUCCUGCGCUCCCCCUGCGUGGAGGGAGUCUCCCCGAGUCUCCCGAGAGCUCCUGCGCCUGGAUUCAAGACUUCGUGAAAGGGGUGGGAUGGAGUGAGGAGCAAGGGCGUCGCGCGGAAAUGGAAGACGGCAUGUUGGUGGUUCGAGGCUUCGGAGGGCAGCGAGGAGCCUGGCUCUUUGGGGUGUACGAUGGUCAUGGAGGCAGGCAGACGGUGGAGUUUUUGUUGCAGCACUUGCACGCGAACAUCCGCAGCGAAGUGUUGAGCAGAGCUGCGAGGCGCAGGGAGGAGCUCAUUCGGAGGGAGGGGCGGGAGUGGGUGAGCCUCGUCAAGAGUGCUGUGGAUCAGUCCACCAGGGGGGGAGUGGGGGUGGAGGGGGAGGAGGGGGGGGGGUUGCUCCCCCUUCCCGCUCCUCUUGCUCUUUGCUCGCAGGCUGAAGUCGAGGCGGCGCUUGUUGCGGCUUUCAAGGCUACAGACGAGCAGCUGCUGAGAGCGGGCGUUCGAGAAAGCGGCAGCACGGCCUGUGUGUGUCUCCUUCAUCCGAGAGUGUCUCUCUCCCCCUGCGCCUUCCCGAGGAGGCUUUUUCCGGAAGACGGGAGCGCGCGGAGCUGCUCGCCGCAUUCCGCGGAGAGUGCAGCAGCGGCGGCUGACAGCAGCGCGCUCGAAAGCAGCCGCAGCGAGAGGAACGGCUGCCGCGGAGCGAACUCCCCGAGCGCUUCUUCUUCUCAAGAAGUCUGCAUGGAUCUUCACGCUGCGCACUUGGGGGAUACGCGAGUUUUGCUGGUGUACACGAACGGAUCUUGUCGCCGACUGACUGACGCCUCCGACCACAAGGCUUCCGCUCCAAGAGAAGCGGAGCGCGUGGAGGCGCUCGGCGGCUUCGUGAUCGGGGAGCGCGUUAACGGCAUGUUGGCGAUCGGGAGGGCGUUUGGAGACUGGAGCCUCAAAUUGGGCCCAAUGGCUUCGCCUGCGCUCCUCGGCAAAGGCCGUCAGCUCAUUGUCUCCAACGUUCCCGACGUUCAGACGGAGAGCUUCGUGUCUGUUGCGCGUGGGGAGGAGGAGGAAGAGGAGCGGGAGCAAACGCUCCGGCUUCACCCGCAGCAGAAGCCGUCGAAACACACGCGGCUCGUGUCUGCGGCGGAAGAGACUGCGGCAGACUCCGGAGCGGCGAGGCGAGCCAGCAGGAAGGUCGUUUCGGCGAGGCAGCAGCACCUGGAGCCUGCCUUGCUCAUCUUGGGGUGUGACGGCUUGUUCGAUGUCAUUGACGACGCUGCAGCUGCGUCUUUCGCGCUCGGGGUUGUCAAGGCUGUAGCUGCAGAAAAUGCUGCCGCCUCGGCAAGCGAAGCAGCGGAAGCCGCUGCGAGAGCUCUCAUGCACGAGGCUGUCGGCCUUAGGAUGAGCAGCGACAAUGUCUCCAUUGUCGUCUGUGUCUUGCAGUCCAUGGAGGAGCUUGCUGCUGCUGCUGCUAGCAGCUCCCGCAACAGCAGCAGCAGCAGCAGCAGCAGCAACAGCAGCAGCAACAACCCGCGUUGGUCUUGUUUUGCCACCUUCAUGGCCCCAAGGGAGGCCUCUAACACCCCUCGGCACACGCCAGCCUUACGAGAGGCCAUCAUGCUAUGCCGACAUGCGCGUGAUCCCGUGCAUGGCACUGUGUCGGAGAGAUUCGCAGUAGGCGGAAGCGACAGACUCAGUGGCGCGAAACAGUACGGGGCUUCCCACUAG